AGCAAUGAUGAAAUAUCAGACAACGAAGAGGAGAUAGAGGAGAAGUCGGAGAGCGAAGGAAGUGACUAUUCCCCCAACAAAAAGAAGAAGAAAAAACUGAAAGAAAAGAAGGAGAAAAAGCCAAAACGGAAAAAGAAGGAUGAAGAGGAGGAUGAUGAUGAUGGAGGUCUAAAGGAGCCCAAGAGCUCAGCGCAGCUCAUGGAGGAAUGGGGCCUGGAUGACGUGGAUUACGUCUUCUCGGAGGAAGACUACCACACCCUGACUAAUUACAAGGCUUUCAGCCAGUUCCUCAGCCCAGCUGGUGCCCGUGGGCCGUACCAAGAGGCUGCGGUGGCCGAGGCGCGUGGAGGGCUGCGGGGCCCUUGUCCAGGUGUGCGGAAGAAAGUCAAGGGCUCCAAAGAUGGGAAGAAAAAGGGAAAGGGCAAAAAGAUGGCAGGCCUGAAGUUCCGCUUCGGAGGCGUCCCCAGCAAGAGGAAAAAGAGCUCGUCCAGCGAAGAGGAGGAACGGGAAGAGUCCGACUUUGACAGUGCCAGCAUCAACAGCUCCUCAGUGCGCUCCGAGUGCUCGGCCGGCCUGGGGAAGAGAGGAAAGAGGAGGAGAAAGAAAAAGAGGAGUAGGCCACUGCUUUAUACUCUGUCCCUGGUCCGUUUGGACUUGCCCGCUCGCGUCUGUGCGGUCGUGGUGUCCGCUGCUGUGCGCGAUGCCUGGUGCUGCGUCGGCGGGAGAAGGAAGGAGCCGGUGCUUGUCCGUGCGCGGCAGGAGCGGCGCCUCCCGGGGCAGGAGCGGUGCGAGCGGAGCAGGCGGCAGCUCGAGCUCUACCACACCGUCAUGUACCGCAACUACCAGCGCAAGAACGACAUGGACGAGCCGCCCGCCUUCGACUACGGCUCUGGCGACGAGGACAGCCAGCGGGAGAAGCGGAAGAACAAGGACCCGCAGUUUGCCAAGAUGGAGGAGCGGUUCUACCGCUACGGCAUCAAGCCCGAGUGGAUGAUGAUCCACCGCAUCCUGAACCACAGCUUCGACAAGAAGGGAGAUGUUCAUUACCUGAUCAAGUGGAAGGACCUGCCCUACGACCAGUGCACCUGGGAGAUCGACGACAUAGACAUCCCGUACUACGAAAACCUCAAGCAGCUCUACUGGAACCACAGGGAGCUGAUGCUGGGGGAGGACACGCGUCCGCCAAAAAAGCUGAGCAAGAAGGGGAAAAAGCUGAAAGAGGAGAAGCUAGAGAAGCCCCCCGAAACUCCCCUUGUCGAUCCCACGGUGAAGUUCGACAAACAGCCGUGGUACAUCGACGCCACGGGGGGCACGCUCCAUCCCUACCAGCUGGAAGGCCUCAACUGGCUGAGGUUUUCCUGGGCCCAGGGCACCGACACGAUCCUGGCUGACGAGAUGGGGCUGGGGAAGACGGUGCAGACUAUCGUGUUCCUGUACUCGCUGUACAAGGAGGGCCACUCCAAAGGGCCGUACCUGGUCAGCGCGCCUCUCUCCACCAUCAUCAACUGGGAGCGCGAGUUCGAGAUGUGGGCACCCGACUUCUACGUGGUGACCUACACGGGCGACAAGGAAAGCCGCUCCGUCAUCAGGGAAAACGAGUUCUCCUUUGAAGACAACGCUAUCCGGAGUGGAAAGAAGGUCUUCCGGAUGAAGAAGGAAGCCCAGAUCAAGUUCCAUGUCCUGCUCACGUCCUAUGAGCUGAUCACUAUUGACCAGGCGGUGCUGGGCUCAAUCGAAUGGGCCUGUCUGGUGGUGGAUGAAGCACACAGGCUGAAGAACAACCAGUCCAAAUUCUUUAGAGUUCUAAAUAGCUACAAAAUUGAUUACAAGCUGCUGCUUACCGGGACCCCCCUGCAGAACAACUUGGAAGAGCUCUUCCACCUCCUCAAUUUCCUGACUCCAGAGAGGUUUAAUAACCUGGAGGGCUUCCUGGAGGAGUUUGCAGACAUCUCCAAGGAGGACCAGAUCAAAAAGCUCCACGACCUGCUGGGUCCCCACAUGCUGCGGCGGCUCAAGGCCGACGUGUUCAAGAACAUGCCGGCCAAGACGGAGCUCAUCGUGCGCGUGGAGCUCAGCCAGAUGCAGAAGAAGUACUACAAAUUUAUCCUGACAAGGAAUUUUGAAGCCUUGAAUUCCAAAGGUGGCGGGAACCAGGUCUCCUUGCUCAACAUCAUGAUGGAUCUGAAGAAAUGCUGUAAUCAUCCGUACCUCUUCCCCGUGGCAGCUGUGGAAGCUCCGGUUCUGCCCAAUGGAUCCUACGAUGGGAAUUCUUUGGUUAAGUCUUCUGGAAAGCUGAUGCUUCUCCAGAAGAUGCUGAAGAAGUUACGGGAUGGCGGGCACAGGGUUCUCAUCUUCUCCCAGAUGACGAAGAUGCUGGACCUGCUGGAGGAUUUCCUGGAGUACGAGGGCUACAAGUACGAGCGCAUAGACGGGGGCAUCACUGGAGGCCUGCGCCAGGAGGGUUUGUCUUUCUCAGCUCCUGGUGCUCAGCAGUUCUGCUUUCUGCUCUCUACCCGCGCUGGUGGUCUGGGCAUAAACCUUGCUACAGCUGACACGGUCAUUAUUUACGAUUCUGACUGGAAUCCCCACAAUGACAUCCAGGCCUUCAGCAGGGCUCACCGCAUCGGGCAGAACAAGAAGGUGAUGAUCUACCGCUUCGUGACCCGCGCCUCUGUCGAGGAGCGCAUCACGCAGGUGGCCAAGAGGAAGAUGAUGCUCACCCAUUUGGUGGUCCGGCCGGGCCUCGGCUCCAAGUCGGGCUCCAUGACCAAGCAGGAGCUGGACGACAUCCUCAAGUUUGGGACAGAAGAGCUCUUCAAGGACGACGUGGAAGGCGCCGUGUCCCAGGGCCAGCGCCCCGGCGUGCCGGACGCCGUCACCGCGUUCCCCGACGCGCUCUCCGCCAAGGGCGGCGCAGUGACCCCCGGCAUGAAGAAGAAGCACGGUGGCACCCCCCCAGGAGACAACAAGGAUGUGGAUGACAGCAGCGUGAUUCACUAUGAUGAUGCUGCCAUCUCCAAGCUUCUGGACCGGAACCAGGAUGCAACUGAUGACACAGAGCUGCAGAACAUGAACGAGUAUCUGAGCUCCUUUAAAGUGGCCCAGUAUGUUGUGAGAGAAGAGGACGGUGUGGAGGAGGUAGAACGUGAGAUCAUCAAGCAGGAGGAGAACGUAGACCCUGACUACUGGGAGAAGCUGCUCCGGCACCACUAUGAGCAGCAGCAGGAGGAUCUGGCCAGGAACCUGGGGAAAGGCAAGAGAAUUCGCAAGCAGGUCAACUACAAUGAUGCCUCGCAAGAGGACCAAGAGUGGCAGGACGAGCUCUCCGACAACCAGUCUGAGUACUCCAUUGGCUCUGAGGAUGAGGAUGAGGACUUUGAAGAGAGACCAGAAGGUCAGAGUGGCAGAAGGCAGUCCCGGCGACAGCUCAAGAGCGACCGCGACAAACCUCUCCCUCCCUUGCUGGCGAGAGUCGGGGGCAACAUCGAGGUGAGGGGGCUCUUCUGCCAGGCUCCCGGAGCUGGCACUGAGCCCCAGCAGUGAUGGGGUCCCUUGGUCCCCAAGGCCAACUCCGCGGGUGCCGCACCGAGCUCCUUCCUUCCCUCUUUCCGCAGGGCCUACGUCUCCCUGUUCAUGAGGCACUUGUGUGAGCCGGGAGCAGAUGGUGCGGAAACCUUUGCAGAUGGCGUUCCCCGGGAAGGGCUGUCGCGCCAGCACGUGCUGACGAGGAUCGGAGUUAUGUCACUAGUAAGGAAGAAGGUGCAGGAGUUCGAGCACGUCAACGGGAAGUACAGCACCCCGGACCUCGUCCUCGAGGGCGCGGAGGGCAGGAGGUGCAGCGAGGUGGUUUCCUCAGAGCCCAACACCCCCGUGCCGGCCAGCCCAGCGCACAUGCACGCGGGGCGCACGGCCCCUGCAGAUAAAACUGAAACUCCACUGGGCUUCCAGGAGGAAAAAGAUCAAGCGGAGCAGAAGCCCAAGAAGGUGCCUGAGAGCCAGGUGCCUGCAAAUGCCGAGAAGGUGGAAAGGGAAGAACACCUAGAAAGCUCCGACAGCAAGGAGAAAGCGAUGGAAGAGAAGCAGGAGGAGAGCGGAGAGGCCGAGCCUUCUCUGGAGCCUCUAGGGAAAGAUGAGGUGAUUCGAGAAAAAGAGAAGCCCCUGGAGAAGUCGGAGCUGAGCAGCAGCCCAGGUAAAGGGGAGGACAAGGAUGUCAGAGCAGAGGAUGCCAAGGUGGAAGAGAAGGAGCAAAAUGAGACUCAACAAAAUGGUGAAAAAGAAGAAGAAGAGGAAGGAAAGAAGGAUGAGAGGAAUGCAAACUUCAGAUUCAUGUUCAACAUUGCUGACGGUGGCUUUACAGAGCUGCACACGCUGUGGCAGAAUGAGGAAAGAGCUGCCAUCUCCUCUGGCAAGAUCUAUGAUAUCUGGCACCGGAGACACGACUACUGGCUGCUGGCGGGGAUUGUCACGCACGGCUACGCGCGCUGGCAGGACAUCCAGAACGACCCGCGCUACGUCAUCCUGAACGAGCCCUUCAAGUCGGAGAUCCACAAGGGGAACUACCUGGAGAUGAAGAACAAGUUCCUCGCGCGGCGC